UUGCACAACAACUCCUCCCACUCCUUCCCCAAACAAGCAAUGGCUGCGAGCCUGAGACUAUGGAGGCUGAAGCCCUCCCGGAUCCUCCGCUGCCGCGUUGCCUCUGGGUUCAGCAGCGGCGCCACCGCUGGAUCGGGGCAGCAGCCACAGCUGGAGAAACUCACCAGCACGCGGCAGCUGGAUGGCAUCAGACACAUUAUGUUGAAUAACCCGAAGAAAAGAAAUGCUCUGUCACUCUCUAUGCUGAAGUGUCUCCGCGAUGAUAUUCUGCAUGAUAUCAAAAGCAAGGCUCUCAGAGUCAUCAUCAUUUCAGCGGAAGGACCUGUAUUUUCAGCUGGCCAUGAUUUAAAAGAAUUGUCCAGUGAACGGGACAUGAAGCACCAUAUCGAAGUAUUUGAUACCUGUGCUGAGGUCAUGACUCUGCUCCAAAAACUCCCCGUACCAGUGAUUGCCCAAGUAAAUGGUUUGGCUACGGCAGCAGGCUGCCAGCUGGUGGCGAGCUGUGACAUUGCAGUAGCGAGUGAGAAAUCCCAGUUUGCUACACCCGGAGUCAACGUUGGGCUGUUCUGCUCCACACCAGCUGUGGCCGUGGGAAGAGCCCUUUCUAGAAAGGUUGCAUUAGAGAUGCUGUUCACAGGAGAGCCUAUUUCUGCCCACAAUGCUUUGCUGCAUGGACUUCUCAGCAGGGUGGUACCAGAAGACAAGCUGGAAGAGGAGACCAUGAAAAUUGCACGCAAAAUAUGUGAAGCCAGCCGGUCUGUUGUGGCACUGGGGAAAGCCGCCUUUUACAGACAGAUGGCACUGGACCUUGAUGCUGCCUACAGAAUGACCUCCCAGGUCAUGGUGGACAAUCUGACCCUGAAGGAUGGGCACGAAGGAAUAGAGGCCUUUUUUCAGAAACGCAAACCUACCUGGUCACAUGACGUGAACACAGCUUGCAAAUGAGUACACUCAGGCUUAGCUAACUCACACUAGUGUCUUCUCGGUGAAAGUCCCAGGGACUGUAUUUUUGGUAUUGCUGAAAACGAUUUCACUUCUGUAUGGUGUAGCUGAUGGCCACUGGCAAUGAUAAGGAAGGUAAUGGCGAGGAGAAAGAUAAUGGCUAAUAUUUCAGGUUGUUCUUCAAGGGAUGCCAACAAUUAUAUUACAAGGUUUCUGAGGACACAAUAAAAUGAAGUAAAUCAAACCAACCUUGUCAGAAACUCAGACUUACGUCAGAAGGGCUCAGUUCUAUCUGGUGCUGUCGUCAAUGUAACAUAUUCAUGGCUACUUGGAACUUCACAAGAAACUUUGGGGAAAGAACUUGGAUCCUCCUGUUCUGAAAAUAGGCCCCCUACUCCUUGAGCCAAGUGAGAAUCUCCGUUAGUUGAGAACCUAUAACACACAGCUACAGGAUUUAGAGUCAUCCUGGAGCGGGCAGUUGUAUAUAUACACACACAUUAUAGUUACAGCAUGAAUACUGUACAAUUAUGAUAGAGACAGAAGCUUGCUAGAGUCCUUUCCCCUUAUUAAAAUGUGAUUCUGAGCCACAGAAGUCAUUAGUCUAUUUCCUUCAGUUCAUCUUCUAGUGCCUUGUCUGCUCUAGUUUUAAAUAAAUAUCACAGUGAUGCAAAUGACACCAUUUGAAGUCAUAAAAUGACAAUUUGCCCUAAAGUCCAGUGUCUGUGCAGCUUUUAAAUGCAGGUCCAGCAUUUUC